AUGGCUUCAAUCCAGGCUAUCGAGCAGACAUCUGUACAUCAGAUCCAGUCAGGCCAAGUCAUCGUAGACCUCAAUUCCGUCGUCAAGGAACUUGUCGAGAAUAGUCUGGAUGCUGGCUCUACGUCGAUUGAAGUCCGUUUCCGCAAUCAUGGUCUUGAUGCUAUCGAAGUGAUUGACAACGGCUCCGGUAUCGCGCCAGAAGACUUUGAGUCAGUCGCACUCAAGCAUCACACAUCUAAACUACGUAGUUACGAUGAUCUCGAAAAUCUGGAUACCUUCGGCUUUCGAGGUGAAGCACUAGCUUCCCUGUGCGCGCUGUCUCAGCUCUAUAUCAUCACAGCUCGUGAGACGGAUCGACCCAGAGGUACACGUCUGGAAUUCGAGGUAUCUGGCAAACUCAAGAGUACAAGCACCAUCGCUGCACAACGAGGUACCAAGGUCGUUGUCGAGAAGAUUUUUCACAAUCUUCCUGUGCGCAAGAAGGAGCUAGAGAAGAACAUAAAGCGCGAGUAUGGUAAGGUUCUGACGCUCCUGCAAGCCUAUGCCUGUAUUAGUACUGGCGUCAGGUUCACUGUCAGCAACCAGAUGCCCAAAGGAUCUAAGUCAUCAGCAUUCUCGACUAAUGGUAGCGCGGCUACCAAGGACAACAUUAUCAAAGUGUUUGGUCCCAAAAGCCUUCGAGACCUGGUAGCCCUCGACCUCAAAUUUGAUAUGCAACCUACCACAUCCACGCUCGCAGCGCACGAUGGAGGUGCCUCUCGCGGCGUAAAAGUCGAAGGGCACAUUUCCAAACCUGUGUUCGGAGAAGGCCGUUCAGCGCCAGACCGACAAAUGUUUUACGUCAACUCACGGCCUUGUGGCCUACCUCAAGUUUCCAAAGCUUUCAACGAGGUAUACAAGACAUUCAACAUUUCUCAGUCUCCUUUCGUCUUCGCAAAUCUGAUCAUGGACACGAAUUCCUAUGAUGUCAAUGUCUCCCCAGACAAGCGAACUAUCCUCCUCCAUGAUCAGGGUGUGUUACUCGAAUCUCUCAAGGAGGCUCUCAUAGAGCUGUUUGAGUCUCAAGACCAGACUGUGCCACAGACAAAGUCCGCUCUGACUCAGCCAAAGCUCCCAGUGUACAAGCCACUUACCAUCUCACGAAAAGCUGAAUCAGAAGCCACUAUCGAGACUACUGCAGAGGCACUUUUGAUCCAGGAAGAUCCAGAUGGCUUAGAUGAUGCACACCAGGAAUCUGUUACACACUCAGGUCCUCCUGAGCGCUUGAUCCACAAUUGGGUAGGCAGAGGUGCCCAAGACCGAGAAGAAAUUCCAAGAGUACCAGAUAAGCCACCAGUUCAAAAUGCCUUUGACCGCAUGCGCCCGCAUCGGACUCCUCAACAAGUGGCUGAGAUCACAAUCGGGGACAAGACUACGCGAACUGUCAUUGGUAACGGACCUUAUACUCCGAAGAGGCACAAGAUCCAUAUUCCAAAAAAUUCUGUGGCAAAGAAACUCAGUCAGUUCGCUAUGCCCGGUACUCAGAUGGAGAGCGACGAUGAAUGCUCUGAAGACGGAAGCAGGUCUGGUGAGGAGGUAACGCAGGAAGCUUCAGAAAGCAGCGACGAAGAGACGUUGUUUGUGACUGAUUCAGAUAAUCGGCGAACCGUUCGUGCAGAAGAGACAACACUACAACCCACAUCUCAGACAUUGGAAGAUCUGUACACAAGUCCUAUUGAUGACUUCCCUCGCAGUACAGAGGAGGCUGGCCACGCCCUUCAUGAACCUCCCGAGACCGAGGCUGAGUCUGACUCAGAAAACCUCGAUGAAAACGCGAGACGAGUCCAGGAAGACGCCAAAAUUGCUCAGAUGAUUCAAGAAGCUGAGCCUGGGACUGCACGCCCAUUGCACGAUACCACAAAACGCGCAACCCAGGCUCUCCGGCCGUCGAAACACAAAACGCUGAACUUGAGCCAAUCGUAUGGCAUCUCGACGGCCUCCAUUGCGGAGCAAGUCACUCUUCUCCCAAUGCUGUCGGCAGUAUCACAGAAGGCCUCCCAGCAGAGCAAGCCACUCGCUGACGAUCUUGACCAAGUGGAUGCCGAAGCUCGUCUAUCACUGACUGUGUCCAAGUCUGACUUUGCUCAAAUGAAUGUCAUCGGACAGUUCAACCUCGGUUUUAUCCUUGCGGUACGACCUUCAAGCAAAGCAGUCACAUCUGACGAUUUGUUCAUCAUUGACCAGCAUGCUGCUGACGAAAAGUACAACUUUGAACGCUUCACUGACACCCUGACUCUGGAGCCACAGCCUCUAGCACAGCCCAAGCAACUAGAGCUUACGGCGAUAGAAGAGGAGGUCGUCCUUGCGCAUACCAAAGCACUCACUGCCAACGGCUUCAUCAUCGAAACCGACACCUCUGGCGCAAGCGAUGUGGGUCUACGUUGUAAGCUCCUUACCCUGCCUACCAGCAAGGAUGUCACGUUCGACCUCAGCGACCUGGAAGAGCUUCUGCAUUUGCUCUCCGAUCAUUCUGGUGGUGCCGUUCCACGCCCAACAAAAGUGCGGAAGAUGCUGGCGAUGAGGGCUUGUCGGUCGAGUAUCAUGGUUGGUAAAUCACUGAGAGAAGCACAAAUGCUCAAGGUUGUAAGAAACUUGGGAGAAAUGGACAAACCCUGGAACUGUCCCCACGGUAGACCAACCAUGAGGCACCUAGCAGAUCUAAACACCUGGGAUCUUGGUACUCCGGACGUACCCGAGACUGAUUGGAAAGGCUUCCUGAAGAAGGCAAAGGCGAAGCAUGAGAUGAGCGACGAGGGGAGAGAAGAGGAGGUGGAUGAAGAAGACGAAGGUGAUGAUCAGGACAUGGACCAAGACGAAGAGCAUGAGGAUGAUUAG